GAAGAAACGGAAAAGGGAAAAAAGAAGGAACAAAGGAUGAAGAAUAUGUACCUGAUCAGAUAAUAUGAAGUGGGUGAACCGCCAUGGCGCAGUUUGAUCCCAUCUCAGGUCGCAUUUUUAUAGCAGUUUUUUCUUUUGGAAAAGACGAAAAUGGGCUGGGCCCAUCAUGGACGAGGGGUGUGCGCCCUGUACGGUUAACGCUAUAACGGGCGCUUAGAGCGCCGUUUAGGAUUUGCCGCUCUGCAAUAGGCGUAUGCAGAAACACAGACGGUCAGUGGGUUCCAUCGUUUCUAAGGUUCCCUUUUAAAUGGUGAGGCCCUCUUUAUACACCAUAGCCCUUUCUUUCAUAAAAAGGUAUUGCGAACUUGUAUAGUUCACAUUCUUUGGCUCUACCAAUCCAUUAUAGAGUAAACAACUCUUUUCACAAUAAGAGUUAUUUAUACAGUGACGGUAUUUAAUUAUGAAAGUUGGCUAAGUAGCUGACCUGUUAGUCAGAUAAAGGAGCAUAAACCUUUUUCUUUUUAUUACUAUUUUCUCCGCUUAAUGGAUAACCAUGAUCAUCCAUGGAGUCAAGGAGAUUGCAGUGCUAGAAGCGAUCGCUUGUCGCGAAGCUAUGUAUCUUGUUGAGGAUUUGCUACUUCAAAAUUUUAUUGUCGCCUUCGACUCGAAACAAGUGAUAAGCGACAUUGAGAAGGGAACGAACAUUACCUAUGGACACAUUAUCAAGGAGGUCAAGCACUGAGCAUCAAACUUCAAUUGCAAAUUCAUUUUCAAAGGCCGAGCAACGAACACAUAUGCAAAUAGACUAGCUAAAUUUUCGAAUUCUCUCGAUGAGGGGCGUCAUGUUUGGUUUCAACUCCACGAUAUUUUUUGUAUCCCACUUCAUGUGACUUUUGAUCAAUAAAGUUUAGCCAUUAUAUAUCCUAAAAAGAACAGACGCAUCGUCGUUUUUGUUGCCUCAAAAAGGAAAAGAAAAACUUUCCCUCAAAAAAAAAAAGAAAAAAAACUCCCCUGAAGAAAAGGAAAAGAAAAACAGACGCACCGUCGUACCGCUACAAUAUAUACGGCCGAGACCCAGUAAGACAAAUCUACUCUGGAUUUCUGAUCUAGUCUAUCUAUACCAAACAGUAGUUCGAAACCUCGGGAGGACGAUCGAGAUGGCGACUUCCAUGGUGACGGACUUCGGCGACGGCCACUGCAUCGUGGCGUUCGACCAGGACCACGUCCACACCACCCUGACCUCCUCCGGCGGCGUCGUCGACGAGUGGCUGGACCUCAUCUACCGCAUCCACCGCCGCCGCCUCGACCGCCUCGUCGUCGGCCUCGACGUCGAGUGGCGCCCCUCGUUCCGCGGCCUCCCGCCGGGCCCCGUGGCGCUGCUGCAGCUGUGCGUCGGCCGCCGCUGCCUCGUCUUCCAGAUCCUCCGCGCCGACUACGUCCCGGACUCCCUCUUCGACUUCCUCGCCGACGGCCGCUUCACCUUCGUCGGCGUCGGGGUCUACGGCGACGCGCAGAAGCUCAGCGCUCACUACGGGCUGGCGGUGACGAACACGGUGGACCUGCGCUACCUCGCCGCGAACACGCUGGGGAAGCCGGCGCUGCGGCACACCGGGCUGCAGGGUCUCGUGUGGCAGGUGAUGGGCGUAUGGCCCGAGAAACCGCACCACGUGCGGGUCAGCGCCUGGGACGCGCCGCGGCUGACGCGGGAUCAACUGCAGUAUGCUUGCGCCGACGCCUUUGCAUCGUUCGAGGUUGGCCGGAGGCUGUACGACGGCGACUAUUAGGUUAAGGGUGCCAAUGCCAUCUGCUUAGUUUUCUAGGGUUAUUAGGUGAAUAGUGUUACCUUUUGCUUUGCAUCCCAAGCAUGUCGUAUGGAGUUUGCCCUGGUGUUGGAACUUGAAACUUUACAGAACUUGAAACUUUACAAGAUACUUCCUCCGUUUUUAAAUAUAAGUUCUUUAGAGAUUUCAAUAUGAA